GCCGCCGCAACUAACAGUCAGUAGAGUAUUAGUUCGAAACACCUGUAGACGCUAGUAUGUGAUUGAAUAUAGAACCCUGGCCAUUACUGGAUAAUGCAUGUUGUCAGAGAGUGGCGAGCAUGAUUCUGUCGGGCAGUGUGUCCGUGUCGUGUAGUGCCGGACUCGUCGUCAUGCUGCUCUUGCCCUUGUGACUGUCCGAGGCCAAACAAAGGGAUUCGACGACCCACGAUUCGCGGCUGCACCGAUAGGUUGAUCGUAAGUCUGGGCCGCUCUCCGCUGGCAUCCAACUUCAGCCAUAAAAGUGCCAUAACUUGAACAUUGUAAACAAGUGCAAUAAGUGACUCUGUGAUAUAGACUCCGAUGCCAUAAUGACUAGACGUCAGAUCGACGACUUAUCCUCCAACUCUUCACCGUCAGUGGAAACGGACCACGGCAUGAUGUCGCCACCACCGCCUCAAGCUUCCCCCGCCGAGAGGUCCCCCCAAAGGGAGGCGCCCAGUUCGCCCGCCAUGCUGGCAACCAUGACGCCCGUCAACGUCAUGGAGCUCAAGAAGGAGAUGGAGGAAGAAAGUGCCAUAGGGAGGCCUCCCUUGUACGCUCAGGUUAAGACAGAAGUCCUCUACGACAAAGACGAGGACAUAUACGCUCAAGCAAUUUCGGAUAAGAACGACACGCCCAUAGAUUUGAUCUACGAGGAUGGGAACAAGACCGUCAUCUACACAACGGCGCCCGACCAGAAGGGUUUGGAAAUAUAUUCUGCUGAUAACUCGGGGGAGAUCACCAUCAACAAUAUAAGCGCGCACCAAAUCCACGGUCAGCAAAUAGCAGACGUGCUUAUCGAUGGUAACGCCAGUGCCAUGGUGAAUUCUAGUGGGGACGCGGGAAGUCCCCAGGGAACUGUUUCCGUGGUGCUCCAGGGCAACGGCCAAGGGUUGCUCCAGUAUCCCCAGGCUCAAGUACCGGGAACUACGGUGUUAGUGCUCUCGGAGUUAGUGGACGAUGUCGGGGUGAACGUCGUCGGCCUCAGGUGA